AUGUUCGGCUAUGACGAUGCGUACGGCUAUUCAACUGCACUGCUCUCAGUCGCCCCGUAUGCCACCCAGCUGGCAUUGGCCCCGAUCACAUGGGUGUUCUUCUUCCCUUUAUUCGCUCUACCUGCCAUCUCAUUAAUGCUUUCUGUUGGCAGCCUUUCCACUCAUGGACCGGUGCUCACCUAUAAACGACUCGCUCCAAUUGCUUCCGGAAUCGGCUGGGCGCUCACAUGGCACGUGGCCGAGCGGUUGUACGUCGAAGGCCUUCGAGCCGCACAGAACCUUCUGUAUCUUGUGUUCUCGCUGCGGUUUAGUCUCGACUGGGCCGUUACAUGUGGGCAUUCUUAUAACUCGAGGUACUGUGUGAAUUUCAACGAAGCGAAUAUCACAGUUGGCGACUACCAUCACAGUCCAGAGAACCACUGGCCAGCGCAGGAGUUCAACAGGUCUGUCGAGUUCUUCAAUCCUCUUUCUUUGAUUUUGAUAGCUAUUACCGCA